ACCAUGCCGCAGCUGGACUCGGGCGGAGGCGGCGCGGGCGCGGGCGACGACCUCGGCGCGCCCGAUGAGCUGCUGGCCUUCCAAGACGAAGGCGAGGAACAGGACGACAAGAACCGCGACAGCGCCACGGGCCCCGAGCGGGACCUGGCGGAGCUCAAGUCCUCACUGGUGAAUGAGUCCGAAGGCGCUGCGGCAGGCGCCGGGGUCUCGGGUCCCGGCGUCCGGGUACUUGGAGAGGCCGAGGGAGCGCCCGAGGCUCUGGGGCGAGAGCACACUUCGCAGAGACUUUUCCCGGACAAACUUCCAGAGUCCCUAGAGGACGGCCUGAAGGCCCCGGAGUGUGCCAGUGGCAUGUACAAAGAGACUGUCUACUCUGCCUUCAAUCUGCUCAUGCACUACCCGCCGGCCUCGGGAGCAGGGCAGCACCCCCAGCCUCAACCCCCACUGCAUAACAAGGCUGGCCAGCCCCAACACGGUGCUCCCCAGCUUUCUCCGCUCUAUGAACAUUUCAGCAGUCCACACUCCACGCCUGCACCUGCAGACAUCAGCCAGAAGCAAGGAAUUCACAGGCCGCUGCAGACCCCUGAUCUCUCUGGAUUUUACUCACUGACAUCAAGCAGCAUGGGACAGCUCCCUCACACUGUAAGCUGGCCCAGCCCUCCUCUCUACCCCCUGUCCCCUUCCUGCGGAUAUAGACAGCACUUCCCUGCCCCCACUGCAGCCCCUGGCGCCCCCUAUCCCAGGUUCACACAUCCAUCCUUGAUGCUGGGAUCUGGGGUACCUGGACACCCAGCAGCCAUCCCUCACCCGGCCAUUGUGCCCUCCUCAGGGAAGCAGGAGCUGCAGCCAUAUGACCGAAGCCUGAAAACACAGGCAGAGCCCAAGGCAGAGGAGGCAAAGAAGCCAAUCAUCAAAAAACCCCUCAAUGCCUUCAUGCUUUACAUGAAGGAGAUGAGAGCCAAGGUCAUUGCAGAGUGCACACUCAAGGAGAGCGCUGCUAUCAACCAGAUCCUGGGUCGCAGGUGGCAUGCGCUAUCUCGAGAAGAGCAGGCCAAGUACUAUGAACUGGCGCGCAAGGAAAGGCAGCUGCACAUGCAAUUAUACCCAGGCUGGUCAGCGCGGGAUAACUACGGAAAGAAGAAGAGGCGGUCAAGGGAAAAGCAUCAGGAAUCCACCACAGACCCUGGCUCGCCUAAGAAAUGUCGUGCUCGCUUUGGCCUCAACCAGCAGACGGAUUGGUGUGGUCCGUGCAGGUGGGUUUGUCCCCACCAUCAUCCUCCCUUUGCUUCAAGCUGCUUCCCUUGUUGCACAUGUUCUGCCGGGUCUGCAGCCCCCUCUUUUGGUCCCUCAGUCCCCUAGCAAGCCCUGUAGAGAAGGGAACUCAUGCCUUCUAAGAAUACAAAUGAACAAUGAACAAGCUUAUGGAGGUGACUGGUCUAAGUGAGUCAAGUAGAGAGGGAGAAAUAGUGUUCUAGAAGGAAAGGCAUACAUAAGCAAAGGUGGUUCUAGUACCAGCCAUGUUUUUUCCCAGGUCCUCAGGAAACAAAUCUGUGACACAUUGAGUGGCCUGAGACUCUACAUCUAGUCCAAAAGUAAUUAAGAUCUACAAACUCCCUCAUUUCUUUUUCCCGUGACAGGGUUUCUCUGUGUAGCCCUAGCUGUCCCAGACUUUGUAGACCAGGCUGGCCUCGAAUUUGGAGAUACACCUGCUUCCACCAAGUGCUGGGAUUAAAGUUGUGCGCCCCCAUGCCCAGCUUCUUUCUUUACUAUAGAAUUCCUGAUUAAGAAAAAUGAGGUGAUGGUAUCAGAGACUCUUGGAAAUAGUUUGAUCCCCAGGCAGUGUGUAACUUGCCAUCUUGUACCUGGUAACCCCAACAAAGGAAGCAGAGGCUAAGAGGAGAGAAGCAUCUUCUUGGGGAAACGAUUGUGUGUGUCAUGUGCUCACAGAAGGAAAUGGAGACUCCAUCCCUAGAAGAGGUCCUAUUCCAUCCAUUUGUGCUGCUCAAGACAAACUGUAGCUGGGGAUGGGUGUACACUCGUAACCCAUUUAAAACAAAGAACAAAAGACAAACUACCCCCAGAACGCUAGAGUUAUUAAGCAAUAGUUACCAUUCAUUUCUUACACUAACCUGGUGUGAGAACCACGCUUGCUUACAGGCAUCA